AUGGAUUUAAUCAGUCAUGAAGAUGAGAAUCUUGUACGUGAGAUCACAUUGGAGUAUCUGAACUUCUUGGAUGAUUCCGGUGAUGAUAAAAUUUAUAUGCAAAAAUGCGAAGAUAUGAUCAAGGAGAAUGGAUCACGAAUCAUCGUGAACCUGAAUGAACUUCGAAAAAAGCUUCCGCAACGAGUUAAUGGGCUACUACGAAAUUUUGUACCCGAAAUUCUGUGUCUGCAACAGGCGAUGAAGGACUAUGUAAGCCGAUUAGAUCCCGAAUACGGGAAGAUGCGAGAUUUCAGUGUUGGUUUUGAAGGAAGCUUUGGUGAUCGACAUGUAAAUCCUCGAACAUUGAAAUCACAGUUUCUUGGCAGUAUGGUUUGCUGUGAAGGUAUCGUCACCAAAUGUUCUGCAUUACGACCGAAAGUAGUUCGUAGCGUACACUACUGUCCUGCAACUAAAAAGACAUUUGAGCGUCGUUACACUGAUUUAACAUCAUAUGAUACCUUCCCAUGCAGCAAUGUUUAUCCUACGGAGGAUGAGAAUAAAAAUCCACUUGAAACCGAGUAUGGCUUAAGUACUUAUCGAGACCAUCAAACAUUUUCUAUGCAAGAAUUACCGGAGUAUGCGCCACCAGGACAACUGCCACGUUCAAUAGAUGUUGUGGCUGAUGAUGAUUUAGCCGAUAGCUGUAAGCCGGGCGAUCGUGUCCGCGUUAUAGGUUUGUACAGGUGUUUACCAAACAAACAAAAUGGUUAUACCAGUGGCAGUUUCAGGUCGAUUAUUAUUUCCAAUAAUAUACAGUUAUUAAGCAAGGAGAUGCAGCCAAAUUUUUUGCCAGACGAUAUUAAAAAUAUUCGGAAAAUGAGCCGACAAAAGAAUGGUUCACAUAUUAGAGGAGAUAUUAAUAUACUUUUGAUUGGUGAUCCAUCAGUGGCAAAAAGUCAGCUGUUAAGAUAUGUAUUGCAUACCGCACCACGCGCUGUAGCAACUACUGGACGUGGCUCAAGUGGCGUGGGUUUGACGGCAGCAGUAACGACUGACAUUGAUUCUGGCGAACGUCGUCUCGAAGCUGGCGCAAUGGUUUUGGCUGAUAGAGGGAUCGUUUGCAUUGAUGAGUUUGACAAGAUGUCUGACAUUGAUCGGACAGCAAUACAUGAAGUGAUGGAACAGGGACGAGUAACAAUUGCUAAAGCUGGAAUUCAUGCAAAAUUGAAUGCAAGAUGUUCUGUUCUUGCUGCUGCAAAUCCAGUGUUUGGAAGGUAUGAUUUAUUCAAAACACCCAUGGAAAAUAUUGGCAUGCAGGAUUCAUUGUUGUCACGUUUUGAUCUUAUAUUCGUACUCAUGGAUGAGCAUGAUCAAAAACAGGAUAAUAAUAUUGCGGGACAUAUCCUAAAACUUCAUCAAUAUCGCACACCUGGUGAGCCGGAUGGUGCAGUACUACCAAUGGGAGCUGAUGUUGAAACUCUUACUACAUUUGAUAUGGAGGAAGUGUCCACAACAAAUGAAAUUUGCGAAAAAAACAAAGACUGGUGCGCUGGCAAGGCGAGUGACAAACUAUUCACGAUACAAUUCGUACGGAAGUAUAUUCAUAUGGCAAAGUCUGUGAAACCAAAACUGACAGAAGAAGCUUCUGCUUACAUAAGCGAAUGCUAUGCUGAACUGCGCUCAUUUGAUACAUCUAAAACGGAUCGCGAACGGACUAUGCCGGUGACAGUAAGACAGUUGGAGACUCUGAUUCGUAUAUCAACAGCUAUGGCAAAAGCGCGACUAGCAAAAAAUGUGGAACGAUCAGAUGCAGAGAAAGCUUAUCAAUUACUACAUUAUGCGUGUUUCAAAGAAAAGCCAAAAGAACGAUUGGAAAUGGAAGAAAAACGUAAAAAGAAACGUGGAGUAAAUGAAGAAAGUGAUGGUGGGGAAACAGAAGAUGAGGAAACUGAAGAUUUGGAGAAUUUGACUUCGAUAAAAGGAACAGAAACGCAGACUUCACUUCGUCGAACGAAAAGGUAUGGUGAGGACACCCAAAUAUCUGUCCUCGCCGAUUCAGAGGCAACUACAGUGCAAAUGGGUGAAUCUAGCAUGGAUAGAACAGUGGAUACUGCAGACUUAGGUGGUCCCAGUCCAAAACGACCCCGUCAUGAAACGCCAUCCAUUAGCAUCGACCGGUACAAAAAAUUCCGUAAAUAUCUAAGAAAAGCUUUCGAUGACUGUGAUAAUCCAGAUGAUAUGAUCGAUAUUUCCAUCAUUCGCAAUGCCAUUCAGGAACAAGCUGGGCGACUGCCAUUUAGUGACGCAGAAUUCGAAGCCGCUUUUGAACAAUUAACAGCAGAAAAUGUCGCAAUGAUUGCAGAUAAUCGAAUUACACUAAUCUAA